UAAAAUUACUAGGUAACGUUGGAGCCUGGGCUAGAGAGGGCCUGACAACGAAGCUGUUGUGUCAGGGAAAUGAACAAGCAGAAUUGUUUUUUCAUUGGGCGGGUAAUGCAUUUAUGUUCCUGAGGGAAUGGAUACAUCUUUCCGUUUAUUUUUUAAGCAAGUAAAACAAACAAAACAACUGGCCCAGUACAUUUCUGUUACCGAAGUUGUUAACUCAUUUUUAUUCUCUUAAUGAAAAUUCAGCCAUUUGGGAGGAAUUUGGCGAAGCAGAUGAUACAUUUGAUUGAAAAUGCAUAUUUUAAAAUGAUUUAAUCCUUAAGCUUACAAUGUAUGCAGCCGUUUGCUGGCGUUGCUUCUUAAAACACACCAGAAGAGAGAAUAAAGCAGGAUGGGGAGGAGCAGGUGGAGGAAUAAUGGGAGAGGAGAGAGUGACAUUAUGACUAUAGUAUCUGGAUCUUCACUGGUAUAACCCUAACUGGGUAUGCUUCAGAGACUUAGGAAUUCAGCUCUGGAAACAGUACACUGAUGAAUAGCAACUUAUGUAUUUUUCUGUCAUUAUUUUUUAAAAAGUAAAACUAGGGCUGCCUUUAGUUCUUCCUAACUUUGUAGAUAACACGGAAGAGCCCAAGUGCACUUGACAGAGGAAGACACUAAAACUCAGAAAGUUAACUGACUUGUCUGCCCAAGCCAGACUGUUAAUCUAAGGCAGAGCCAAACGAAACUGAAGGUCCAUUCUGCAGAGUGAUCUUUCCUGUGUCCCCCUAGCCCUUUUACCUUGUGAAAAUGCAUAGAAAGCUUCUCUGUGUGCUCCUUGAGUAGGCUGUGACUAUCACUGAACUUGAUUCUCACCGUUAUUAAUUUACUUCUUGCCUUUGUGAUGUAAAAGUAGUAAUUCUCCUGAAAUGGACCUUUACUUUUAUAAAGUAACUUGCUACAUGAGGAAAGAUGUCCUAACAUGUGCUUUUCAUAAAAACGAAGUGUUGCCGUGUUUUCCCUACUACCUAAUGAUAGCUACUUAACGUGAUAAUAUUUGAGCUGUCAAGAGGAAGUUAGAAUUUUAGAAAACUUGAUUCUGCCAUCAUGAGCUUAACAGCUGCCCUGUACUUAAAAGACUUUUAUGGAUGACGUAGCUUUGCCAAAGACUUAGAAGCUAAGCAGAAAAUGAGCUUAACAUCCUGGUUUUUGGUGAGCAGUGGAGGCACUCGCCACAGGCUGCCACGAGAAAUGAUUUUUGUUGGAAGAGAUGACUGUGAGCUCAUGUUGCAGUCUCGUAGUGUGGAUAAGCAACACGCUGUCAUCAACUAUGAUGCGUCUACGGAUGAGCAUUUAGUGAAGGAUUUGGGCAGCCUCAAUGGGACUUUUGUGAAUGAUGUAAGGAUUCCAGAACAGACUUAUAUCACCUUGAAACUUGAAGAUAAGCUGAGAUUUGGAUAUGAUACAAAUCUUUUCACUGUAGUACAAGGAGAAAUGAGGGUCCCUGAAGAAGCUCUUAAGCAUGAGAAGUUUACCAUUCAGCUUCAGUUGUCCCAAAAAUCUUCAGAAUCAGAAUUAUCCAAAUCUGCAAGUGCCAAAAGCAUAGAUUCAAAGGUAGCAGACGCUGCUACUGAAGUGCAGCACAAAACUACCGAAGCACUGAAAUCCGAGGAAAAAGCCAUGGAUAUUUCUGCUAUGCCCCGUGGUACUCCAUUAUAUGGUCAGCCAUCAUGGUGGGGGGAUGAUGAGGUGGAUGAAAAAAGAGCUUUCAAGACAAAUGGCAAACCUGAAGAAAAAAAUCAUGAAGCUGGAACAUCAGGGUGCAGCAUAGAUGCCAAGCAAGUUGAGGAACAAUCUGCAGCUGCAAAUGAAGAAGUACUUUUUCCUUUCUGUAGGGAACCAAGUUAUUUUGAAAUCCCUACAAAAGAAUUCCAGCAACCAUCACAAAUAACAGAAAGCACUAUUCAUGAAAUCCCAACAAAAGACACACCAAGUUCCCAUAUAACAGGUGCAGGGCAUGCUUCAUUUACCAUUGAAUUUGAUGACAGUACCCCAGGGAAGGUAACUAUUAGAGACCAUGUGACAAAGUUUACUUCUGAUCAGCGCCACAAGUCCAAGAAGUCUUCUCCUGGAACUCAAGACUUGCUGGGGAUUCAAACAGGAAUGAUGGCACCCGAAAACAAAGUUGCUGACUGGCUAGCACAAAACAACCCUCCUCAAAUGCUAUGGGAAAGAACAGAAGAGGAUUCUAAAAGCAUUAAAAGUGAUGUUCCAGUGUACUUGAAAAGGUUGAAAGGAAAUAAACAUGAUGAUGGUACGCAAAGUGAUUCAGAGAACGCUGGGGCUCACAGGCGCUGUAGCAAACGUGCAACUCUUGAGGAACACUUAAGACGCCACCAUUCAGAACACAAAAAGCUACAGAAGGUCCAGGCUACUGAAAAGCAUCAAGACCAAGCUGUUACUAGCUCUGCGCAUCACAGAGGGGGGCAUGGUGUUCCACAUGGGAAAUUGUUAAAACAGAAAUCAGAGGAGCCAUCGGUGUCAAUACCCUUCCUACAAACUGCAUUAUUAAGAAGUUCAGGGAGUCUUGGGCACAGACCAAGCCAGGAGAUGGAUAAAAUGUUAAAAAAUCAAGCAACUUCUGCUACUUCUGAAAAGGAUAAUGAUGAUGACCAAAGUGACAAGGGUACUUAUACCAUUGAGUUAGAGAAUCCCAACAGUGAGGAAGUGGAAGCAAGAAAAAUGAUUGACAAGGUGUUUGGAGUAGAUGACAAUCAGGAUUAUAAUAGGCCUAUUAUCAACGAAAAACAUAAAGAUCUAAUAAAAGAUUGGGCUCUCAGUUCUGCUGCAGCAGUAAUGGAAGAAAGAAAACCACUGACUACAUCUGGAUUUCACCACUCAGAGGAAGGCACAUCUUCAUCUGGAAGCAAACGUUGGGUUUCACAGUGGGCUAGUUUGGCUGCCAAUCAUACAAGGCAUGAUCAAGAAGAAAGGAUAAUGGAAUUUUCUGCACCUCUUCCUUUAGAGAAUGAGACAGAGAUCAGUGAGUCUGGCAUGACAGUGAGAAGUACUGGCUCUGCAACUUCCUUGGCUAGCCAGGGAGAGAGAAGGAGACGAACUCUUCCCCAGCUUCCAAAUGAAGAAAAGUCUCUUGAGAGCCACAGAGCAAAGGUUGUAACACAGAGGUCAGAGAUAGGAGAAAAACAAGACACAGAACUUCAGGAGAAAGAAACACCUACACAGGUAUACCAGAAAGAUAAACAAGAUGCUGACAGACCCUUGAGUAAAAUGAACAGGGCAGUAAAUGGAGAGACUCUCAAAACUGGUGGAGAUAAUAAAACCCUACUUCACUUAGGCAGCUCUGCUCCUGGAAAGGAGAAAAGUGAAACUGAUAAGGAAACUUCUUUGGUAAAGCAAACAUUAGCAAAACUUCAACAACAAGAACAAAGGGAGGAGGCUCAGUGGACACCUACUAAAUUGUCUUCCAAAAAUGUUUCAGGUCAGACAGAUAAAUGUAGGGAGGAAACUUUUAAACAAGAAUCACAACCUCCAGAAAAAAAUUCAGGACAUUCUACAAGCAAAGGAGACAGAGUGGCACAAAGUGAGAGCAAGAGAAGAAAAGCUGAGGAAAUUCUGAAAAGUCAGACUCCAAAGGGAGGAGACAAGAAGGAAUCCUCCAAGUCAUUAGUGCGACAAGGGAGCUUCACUAUAGAAAAACCCAGCCCAAACAUACCGAUAGAACUUAUUCCCCAUAUAAAUAAACAGACUUCCUCUACUCCUUCUUCUUUAGCAUUAACAUCUGCAAGUAGAAUACGAGAAAGAAGUGAGUCUUUGGAUCCUGAUUCUAGUAUGGACACAACCCUUAUUCUAAAAGACACAGAAGCAGUAAUGGCUUUUCUAGAAGCUAAACUACGUGAAGAUAAUAAAACUGAUGAAGGACCAGAUACUCCCAGUUAUAAUAGAGACAAUUCUAUUUCACCAGAAUCUGAUGUAGAUACAGCUAGUACAAUCAGUCUGGUAACUGGAGAAACUGAAAGAAAGUCAACCCAAAAGCGAAAGAGUUUCACUAGCCUCUAUAAAGAUAGGUGUUCCACAGGUUCUCCUUCCAAAGAUGUUACAAAAUCAUCAUCUUCAGGUGCUAGGGAAAAAAUGGAAAAGAAAACAAAAAGUCGUUCCACAGAUGUGGGUUCAAGAGCAGAUGGUCGUAAAUUUGUUCAGUCCAGUGGGAGAAUAAGACAGCCUUCAGUAGACUUAACAGAUGAUGACCAAACCUCUAGUGUACCUCAUUCUGCCAUCUCUGAUAUUAUGUCAUCUGAUCAAGAAACUUACUCUCGUAAACCUCAUGGACGGACUCCACUUACCUCAGCUGAUGAGCAUGUACAUUCCAAACUGGAAGGAAGUAAAGUAACGAAAUCUAAGACUUCUCCGGUGGUAUCUGGUUCAUCUAGUAAAUCAACCACCCUUCCAAGGCCACGACCUACCAGGACUUCCCUCUUGCGCAGAGCACGACUUGGUGAAGCUUCAGACAGUGAACUUGCCGAUGCUGACAAAGCAUCUGUUGCUUCUGAAGUAUCCACAACAAGUUCUACAUCAAAACCUCCCACAGGAAGGCGUAACAUCUCUCGGAUUGAUUUAUUGGCUCAGCCUCGUAGAACACGACUUGGCUCACUGUCAGCUCGUAGUGACUCUGAAGCAACAAUUUCUAGAAGUAGUGCCUCUUCGAGGACCGCAGAAGCCAUCAUUAGAAGUGGAGCCAGACUAGUACCAUCAGAUAAAUUUUCUCCUAGAAUUAGAGCUAACAGUAUCUCUCGACUCUCAGACUCCAAGGUCAAAAGUAUGACCUCAGCUCAUGGCUCUGCUUCAGUAAAUUCAAGAUGGAGGCGCUUUCCUACUGAUUAUGCUUCCACCUCAGAAGAUGAAUUUGGAUCAAACCGUAAUUCCCCUAAACAUACCCGUCUACGUACUUCUCCAGCCCUGAAAACCACUCGCUUGCAGAGCGCUGGAUCAGCAAUGCCUACUAGUUCUUCAUUCAAACACCGGAUUAAAGAGCAGGAAGACUACAUCCGAGAUUGGACUGCUCAUCGAGAAGAGAUAGCCAGGAUCAGCCAAGAUCUUGCUCUCAUUGCUCGGGAGAUCAACGAUGUAGCAGGAGAGAUAGAUUCAGUGACUUCAUCAGGCACUGCCCCUAGUACCACAGUAAGCACUGCUGCCACCACCCCUGGCUCUGCCAUAGACACUAGAGAAGAGGUAGGAGAUCUUCAUGGAGAAAUGCAUAAGUUGGUUGAUCGUGUUUUUGAUGAAAGCCUCAACUUCCGAAAGAUUCCUCCAUUAGUUCAUUCCAAAACACCAGAAGGAAACAACGGCCGAUCUGGUGAUCCAAGACCUCAAGCAGCAGAGCCUCCCGAUCACUUAACAAUUACAAGGCGGAGAACCUGGAGCAGGGAUGAAGUCAUGGGAGAUAAUCUGCUGCUGUCGUCCGUCUUUCAGUUCUCUAAGAAGAUAAGACAAUCUAUAGAUAAGACAGCUGGAAAGAUCAGAAUAUUAUUUAAAGACAAAGAUCGGAAUUGGGAUGACAUAGAAAGCAAAUUAAGAGCCGAAAGUGAAGUCCCUAUUGUGAAAACCUCAAGCAUGGAGAUUUCUUCUAUCUUACAGGAACUGAAAAGAGUAGAAAAGCAGCUACAAGCAAUCAAUGCUAUGAUUGAUCCUGAUGGAACUUUGGAGGCUCUGAACAACAUGGGAUUUCCCAGUGCUAUGUUGCCAUCUCCACCGAAACAGAAGUCCAGCCCUGUGAAUAACCACCACAGCCCGGGUCAGACACCAACACUUGGCCAACCAGAAGCUAGGGCUCUUCAUCCUGCUGCUGUUUCAGCCGCAGCUGAAUUUGAGAAUGCUGAAUCUGAGGCUGAUUUCAGUAUACAUUUCAAUAGAUUCAACCCCGAUGGGGAAGAGGAAGAUGUUACAGUACAAGAAUGACUUUCUCUUGAUUGUUGAAAAAUCAUUACCUGUGGAAUGACUAGGAAUAUUGGAAGCAGCAUAGUGUUGACGUACGCAAAACAAGACAGCUUGGUCAGCUACAAUCUUGGAAUCCCUGUCGUCUUAAUUUUAUUUAUUUAUUUUUGACGUAUAAUGUAGUAUAUCAAUCCUUUCAAACUAUUUAGAUAACCACUUGAUGCACAAAUAGGAAAAAGCAGAUUGUGGCAGUGUCGCCUUUUGUGGUUUUAUGAUUUUCAAGUUGAAUUUAAUGAUUACACCCUUUCCCUUCAUAGAUCUUUUUUCUUUUUUUUAAGCCAUGCUGUGACCUACAAGCAAACUAAAUAGCCAACAUUUCUGAACCCCUAUGUCUCCUGUGCCAAGCUGCUCCCUGAAAUGGACUUCUUCAUCUGUACAGAUUUGUUAAACCAUUCUAUUUGCUUCUUAAUAAUAGGAUUUAUAUUAGUACUCAUUACCACUGGACACAAUGACAUAAGUACUCUCCACAGUAAAGCAGACCUUUCACAACAGUCACUGUGUCCUAAAAUUUUCCAACAUAGAUGUGAUUUAUCUAACUUUGUUGAUACGUAAAUUGUCUUGGGGUUUACGGAAAUGAACUGUUAUGUUUGCACUAAGAUUUGCUGGGAGUGGUAGGUGGACAUACCUAUAUAUCAAUAAGGACUAACCGUCUGUUUUGUACAGAGGAGACUGAUAAUACUGUAUUUGUUUUAACCCCACAGUGUUUUACUCCACUUUCAAAAAGAUCAAUUUGGCACUUUUUUUCAUUUUUUUUAAUGGAAAUAAGAUUUGAUCUCUCAUUUUAGGUUAAAUGAUAACUAGAAAGAUUAGACUAGACAGAUAGUUUAGGUGGAGUAUAUUUUUAAAACUCAGAACAUGUAUAUCGGUCCUGUGUUACCAAGUUUAUAUGUGACAGUUGAAAAAGAAAUUCCCUUGAAAUGAUCAUGAGGUUAAAAUUUUCUUCAUUAGGGGACUUGGAGAACCAGUAGUCAUAAGAUUAGUUGAUAGUUUCACUCCCAAGCAAUGAAUUGCUUCUGUGUGUUUCCCUGUAGGACUCAAUAGUAAAUCCUGUCUGUCUUACACAUUUAUAAGGACCCUGCAAGACGACGACAAAGGCCUUUGGCCUGUGCUACUAAACAAGAAGCCUAUGAAAAAUUUCUUCUUUAAACUUGUUUUUUCUCUUUCCAGUAAGUUCACAUUUGGAUAAUUUUAAAAAGAAAAGUAAUUACCUUUGUGUUUCCAGAACACUAUAAUUGGGGUGUAUCUUCAUUCAGUUAAAUAUUAUUAGUAGACCUGGAUUUUCCCACUUGACCCCAUCAGUCUAUAAAGGUUAAACUGCAACUUUUAUGAAAUGGUCUUUAAUAUUUCCACAAUAAUCCUGUGCUAUAUUUGUUUUAAGAAACAAAGUAACUCUAUACACUUCAAGACUUUACAGGAUUUUUUAAAUCCUGUAUUGUUGGAUCAAUUAAUAAAGAUGCAAAAAAACUUCAUAGAGAUGUAAAAACAAAACUAUAAUGGAUCUCCUAUUUUUCUUUAAAUUCAAAAAAAAAAAAAGGUAAAUGAACUAUUCUCCUUGUAAAGCUAAAUUCCCCAUUCUGUCUAAUAAAGGAAGACUGAAAAAAGGUUUUAAAGAACAUAAAUGGAAAGAUACAAAUGCUUUGAAGGAAUAAACGAAACGUUAAAACAGGGUCAAUCCAUUUGAAGAAAAAGUUGGACAAAAUAAUCAGCAUUGCUCCGUCUUUUAUUUAAUAUUUGGGUACCGAUUAUAUCCACAUGGAAGUAGAAGGUAAGGAGUUUAGGAAAAUACUAGAAUCUACUCUGCUUACAUUCUUGUUUAAGUGUUUACACAGUUUGGUUCAAUUAUAAACAUUUGGCCUUUUACUAUGUUAUUUUUAUUUUGUAUGAAUACAUUAUCCUCCUUAUUUAUUUUUGUUACAUUUAUUACUUAUGUUAUUUUGUUAUGCAUUUACAACUCCAUUUUUAAAUAAAGUGUUUCUGGAACUUUAUACAA